AUGUCAAGAGAUAUUGAGAACAGAAGCUUAGAUACAACUUGCAGAGCAUCAUGCACCAAAGUUUCAACCUUCAUUCAUGCCAUGUCCCGGAAGAAGCCUCUGCAGCCAGAAGGUGAGGAGUCCAACUUCUGCCGGUGCCUCACCACCCUGGACCUGGUGGGUCUGGGUGUCGGCAGCACACUUGGAGCUGGAGUUUAUGUGCUCUCAGGGGAGGUUGCAAGGGAAGUGGCCGGCCCAAGCAUCAUCCUCUCCUUCUUUGUGGCAGCUGUAGCUUCAGUAUUUGCAGGAAUGUGCUAUGCUGAGUUUGGAGCCCGAGUUCCAAAGACUGGCUCAGCUUACCUUUAUACCUAUGUGACUGUAGGAGAAGUGUGGGCAUUUGUAACUGGAUGGAACUUGCUCCUGUCUUAUGUCAUAGGUGCAGCAAGUGUAGCAAAGGCUUGGACCGGAGCCUUUGAUGACCUCAUCGAUAAUGUUAUUGCCAAAACUCUGGAGGAACAUGUCAUGAUGGACCUCCCUGGCCUAGCUACAUACCCAGACUUCUUUGCUGCUGCUUUGAUUAUGCUGCUGUCAGGAAUACUUGCCUAUGGCGUGAAGGAGUCUGCACUCCUGAAUAUAAUUUUUACUUCUGUAAAUGUGCUAGUCUUGCUUUUUAUCAUCAUUGCCGGUUUCAUUAAAGGAGAAAUAAGCAACUGGAACAUCAGUGAGAGAGUUCUUCACAAUUUUACCUUGGAAAUGGAAAACCAUUUGUCAACCAAAAAUCAAACGGUUGACUUUGGCAUUGGUGGAUUUUUCCCUUUUGGAUUCGAUGGCACUUUAAAAGGAGCAGCAACCUGUUUCUAUGCUUUUGUUGGAUUUGACUGCAUAGCUACAACAGGUGAAGAGGUAAAGAAUCCACAGAAAUCUAUACCUCUCGGGAUUGUGCUGUCCUUGCUGAUCUGCUUCUUGGCUUAUUUUGGCAUCUCGGCCUCCCUGACACUUAUGAUGCCCUACUAUUUGCUUGACACACAUAGUCCACUGCCAGUGGCCUUUGAGUAUAUUGGCUGGGAGCCUGCAAAAUAUGCAGUGGCUGCAGGAUCACUCUGUGCCCUCUCUACAAGUCUGUUUGGCGUGAUGUUUCCAAUGCCACGGAUAAUGUUUGCCAUGGCUAGAGAUGGCCUGCUCUUCAAGCCACUACGCUACAUGAGCACCAGGCAAAGCCCAGUGUUAGCCACACUGUCUGCAGGAGCUGCAGCUGCUUUCAUGGUGCUUCUCUUUGACCUAAAGGCACUGGUUGAUUUGAGAUCAAUUGGGACCGUUUUUGCAUACUCUUUGGUUGCAGUAUGUGUUCUUUUAUUAAGGUACAAAGAGGAAUCCAAUCCUGAUGUCCAACCAGAAACUGAGCCAUUCACAAUAAUUGGACUUCUCAGGCCUCCACAUCAACCCACUCACCGCACCUCUAAAAAUGUCAAAAUAGCAACGCUCAUCAUUUUGGUGCUGGUAGUUGCUUUAAGUGUUCUGGUGAGCGAAGCCAUCGACUCCCUUUUCAGACAGGAGCUCUGGAGUUUGACGCUUGUCUCAAUCCUUCUGCUCAUGCUCAUCUUUGACGUCAUUAUUAUCUGGAGACAUCCACAGAGCACAUCUCAAGCCUCCUUUAUGGUCCCUGGACUUCCGUUUAUUCCAGUCAUUAGUAUCUUCAUCAAUACCUACCUGAUGGUUCGACUUGGAGGAGAAACAUGGAUUAGCUAUUCUAUUUGGAUGGCAGUCGGAUUGACUGUAUACUUUGGCUAUGGGAUUCGUCACAGCAGCCAAAGACGAAGAAUCCUGGAAAUGCGCAGCGUCAUCCAUAAUGCUUAUUUGGCCUACCCACGCAACCGCUCCCCUGAGGGCACCAUCUCCUCUGCUCUCACCUGA